GACGCUUUCCCACCUCCAUCGUUAUUUAUAAAGUCGGUCGGAGUUUUGUUACGUGUGGAAAUCAGCGUGUGAAAAGAAAACUGAUAUAGGAAAACAUUGGCAAUUAGUUGAGAGCACAAAACUCUGUCCGACGAAGCAAAUAAUAAAGGGAAUCGGCAAAAAGUAAACCUGUGAAACAGAAAAGUGCAUAAAAACAGAUCAAUGAUCGAUUAUCAUGUUAUAACUGAACAAAAAGGACAAAAAACAGCAAAAACGUCGUUUAAAUCUAAUUUUAGAGACAAUUUUCACGAUAUACUCGUUAUCGCAUCAUCGAUUCAAAAAGUAAACAUUUCGAGAUCAAUAUUCAAUUAUUGGUUGUGUUGGCAUGUUAAGUGUGUUCGAUGCCGGUGCGGUUAAGUGUCGUCUAUGGCCGAAUCCGUUAAAAGUCAAUCGCUCUCUGCAUUGACGGAGGGGCAGCACAACGACGGUAGUAAUACAGCAACGGGAGUAACACCUACAGCAUUAGUUAAUAAUACUGCUGCUGUCAAUACAACAACAACAUCAAAUCACUCGUCACAGCGGCGACGCAACAAAAACCAUAGCAACAAAAGCCACAGCAAGAACAAGAAACGCAACAACCCCCAUCCCACAUCACCAUUGUCCUCUGCUGUCGUUACAUCCGUCGAAGUAGUUUCAAUAGCAAAAGCAACUGCAUCAUCCUCCGCCACCCGUCGUUCGUGCAGUCAAGGUCGCCACUCCUCUGCAGCAAUUAACAACAAUAACAACAACAACAUAAGCAAGGAGCCCCAUAUUUCCAAGCGCAACACCAUCCCGACCAAUCCUGGUGACCAAUCGAUUUCACCAGGCAGUCGCAAGCGUCAGCUUCAACAACAGCAUAACAGCAGUAACACCACUAGCAACAGCAGCAGCAGCGGUAGCAACAAUCGCAGUAGUAGCCAUCAAUCGUUGCACGGCGGAGAUCAGCUGGUGGAGCUCGGGUCGCCGAUAAGAAAACGCCGUCGGCAGCCGGCAGAGCACAAUAGUCACGAGUCCUUGGGAUUAGAACUCGGCGGAGGCGCAGCCGGAGUUACUGAACAUACGCCGCAUCCGGCAUUCGGCGCCGAUUGUGUGGCCCAGCGCACUCGCUCCAAGACCGUUUCCCCGGACGAUCUACCCAGCACAAGCAGGGCAGCGGCGCGUCACCAGCACUACCAGAUUCAAGCCAAUACUAGCUCCAGCAGCUUCCCGGGCACAAAUAGUAGCAAACGGAAGGCCAGCCCCGGCGGAUCAAGGUCUGUGGCAGAGGACACUCCUCAGCGAGGUGCAGCCGGCUCUGCUCGCACAGUUGGCAGUGGAAAUCUGCUAAACUAUUACCGCAAGACACGAAAGGUCAGCCACACGCGCUCCUCUCAGAAGUUAAACAAGCAGCCAGUUCAAAGGGCAGAGGAAGCGGCUGCAACCAACGUCAGUGAGACUCGCCUGCAGGGACCUGCAGCAGGACCCAGCGGAUCUAGCAGUAGCAAGUCGAUUGUGUCCAGAAAGUAUAGAAAGAGUUUGCGCCACUCGCAGCAAAAUCAACUGGACGCAGAGAUCUCCGGAUCAUCGGGAACUGGAACCGAAGCUGGAGCUGAGGCACAGCAGCCGGAGCACGGGAAUCUGGACGUGGAGAGCCAGUUGCCUGCCGUAGAGACGUCUUUAAAUACCCCAGAGGCCACAGUCAACCACACUCAGGGACAGUUGGAGGCGGAGAGCCAGUCUGAAGAGCAGGACGACAACGACGACGACGAGGAGGAGGACGACGACGAGGAGGAAGAAGAGGAGGAGGAGAGAUUCUACGACAUUGUAAACUCGGCUGACUCGUCCUACGGGGAAGACGCCCAGAUAGUUGCCGAAGAGGACGAGAUCACAGAAGAAGAAGAAGUCGACGACGAGGACGACGACAUCGAGGAGGACGAGGAUAUCGACGAGGAGGACCUCUCGGACAGUGAUCUUGCUCAUCAACUAAUUGGUGAACUUAGUGAACAACAACCACGUAAAACAACAAAAAACAACAACACACCAGGAGCAACAACUACCAUAAAGGCGACACCAACAGCAACAACGUCGUCCGGUUAUCAACAACGUGCCGCCCCCCAUGGACAGGGGGCGGGGGGUGGCGGCGGGCCACGUGCCACGCGCAGCAGCAGCAACAACGUUGUUGACUACAGCAUUAUGCCGCACCUUACGUCGGCAACAGCAACUACCACGCCAUAUGCCUUGACAGCGCAGCAGCAGCAGCAACAACCGCCACAACCUCCGUCACAGCAGCAGCAGCAAGCACACCAACAACAACAACAACAACAACAACAACAGCCACCUCAACUGCUGCCCACACAUCAAUUUGCACACUUGUCUUCCUUUGUGACACCAACAGCAGCCGCCGCAGCAGCAGCAGCAGCGGCAGCAGCAGCAGCACACUAUCCACCGGCCGCUGCUGCUGCCGCUUACUUUGCACAGCAUCAACAGCAUCAUCAGCAGCAUCAGCAUCAUCAGCCGCAACAUCAGCCGCAGCACUAUUACCACAAUUCAGUGGCCGUGUUGCAUCAAACUCCACCACCACACCAUUUUACCUCCACAGGCGCCGGACCCCCGCCAGCUCUCUAUCAGCAACAGCAGCCGCCGCCUCAGCUUACUCGUUAUACGGCAGCAGCGGGAGCGGCAGGAGCGGUGCCAGCAACGGCUACGUUUGUGCCGCCACAGCAACAGGUUACGUACAAUCAGCAGCAGCAACAGCAACAGCAACAACACUCCUCACUGCGACGCAGUUCACGUGGCAAGACGGGUUCUUGCGUGAGUUCAGCGGCAGCAGCACAGCAGCAGCAGCAACAACAGCAGCAGCACCACCAGCAGCAACAUAGCAACGCUGCUGCUGCUGUACAACAGCAUCAACAGCAGCAGUUGCUGCCACCGCCUGGUACCUAUCAAUACCAACAGGUGGGCGGCAAUACCGUUGUUGUUGCCGUGCGUCAUCAGCAACAGUUGCAACAGCAGCAGCAGCAGCAACAACAACAGCAAUUGGCUUUACAUCAGCAACAUCAGCAGCAGCAGCGUGCCACGCUCGUGCAGCCGGGAUUCUUGUUCAGUUAUCGCAGCAAUCAUCCGCAGCAGCAGCAACAUCCACACACACAGCAACAACAACAACAGACGCAACAAAUUGUACAUCAGGGCCCCAAAGUGACGCAUAGCAGUGCAGCUUCGGAUGCUUUAACAUAUAGUUUGAUGGCACAACAACCGCCAAGUGGACCGCCGCAUGCAGGUGGACAGCAACUAACGCCAGGUGCCAACUCUGCCAAUCUCAGCAUUGUUGCGGCCGCUCUGAGUGCCGCACGUGACAUCGGAGGAGGAGGAGCAGGAGGCGCGGGAGGAGCAGUACCAGCCACUGGAGCAGCAGCUGCAUCUGGAGGAAACACCAGCGCCGUGGGCGCGACGAGCAGCAACAACAGUGCCGGCCAACCAGCCAGCAAUAGCAACAGCAACAAUGUAACCGCAGCUGGGUCGGGGUCUGUUCCUGGUGGCGGCGGCGGCGGUCACACCACCACAGGGACGACGAGCAGCGGCAGCCAGCAUGGCGGCGGAUCGGGCGGAGCGGCUGCAGCCGCCGCCGAUUCGGAGAGCGAUGACAGUGAGGUGGGUCGCUUGCAGGCCUUGCUCGAGGCUCGCGGCCUGCCGCCACAUCUGUUCGGUGCUCUGGGUCCAAGGAUGACGCACAUCCUCCAUCGGACUAUUGGCAACAGCAGCAGUUCGAAGGCGAAUCAACUACUGCAGGGACUGCAAUCCCAUGACGAGUCCCAGCAACUGCAGGCUGCCAUCGAAAUGUGCCAGAUGCUGGUAAUGGGCAAUGAGGAUACCCUCGCUGGCUUUCCCAUCAAGCAGGUUGUGCCUGCCCUCAUCCAGCUGCUGCGCAUGGAGCACAACUUUGACAUUAUGAACAAUGCGUGCAGGGCUUUGGCCUACAUGCUAGAGGCACUGCCCCGAUCCUCGGGAACCGUGGUGGAGGCUGUUCCGGUGUUCCUUGAGAAACUCCAGGUCAUCCAGUGCAUGGAUGUGGCCGAGCAGAGUUUGACGGCAUUGGAGAUACUCUCGCGGCGUCAUAACAAGGCCAUUCUGCAGGCAAAUGGCAUCUCGGCCUGCCUUACUUACCUGGAUUUCUUCUCGAUUGUGGCUCAGCGUGCAGCUCUUGCGAUUGCAGCCAACUGUUGCCUCAACAUGCACCCGGAGGAGUUUCACUUUGUGUCGGAGAGCUUGCCUCUGCUAGCACGUCUCCUCUCGCAGCAGGACAAGAAGUGUGUGGAGAGCGUGUGCUCUGCCUUCUGCCGCCUGGUGGAGAGCUUCCAGCAAGAUGGCCAGCGCCUGCAGCAGAUUGCCAGUCCCGAUCUCCUGAAGAACUGUCAGCAACUAUUGCUGGUCACCCCGGCCAUUCUAAACACGGGAACUUUUACGGCCGUGGUGCGAAUGUUGAGCCUGAUGUGCGGCAGCUGCCCGGAUCUGGCAAUAUCGCUGCUGAGGAACGAUAUAGCGGCUACCCUGUUGUAUUUGCUAACUGGAAAUGCAGAGCCGGCGGCGGCCAGUGCCACCCACGUCGAGCUGAUCUCACGCUCACCCUCGGAGCUGUACGAACUGACCUGUCUUAUUGGUGAGUUAAUGCCGCGUCUGCCCUUGGAUGGCAUCUUUGCCGUGGACUCGCUACUGGACAGGCCCACGCUGAAUACUCAGGAUCAGGUGCACUGGCAGUGGCGCGAUGAUCGUGGCUCCUGGCAUAAUUAUUCCACCAUUGAUUCGCGGCUAAUUGAGGCGGCCAACCAGAGCAGCGAGGACGAGAUCAGUCUGAGCACCUUUGGACGCACAUACACCGUGGAUUUUCAUGCCAUGCAGCAGAUCAACGAGGAUACGGGCACCACGCGCCCAGUGCAGCGUCGUCUUAAUCACAAUUAUGUGGCGCCCAUGACGGCAGGACAGGAUUUGACCACCACCAACACAGCUACAGCGGCAUCUGGAGGAGCUUCUACCUCCGCGGCAGCAGCUGCGGCAGCCUCAAAUAACAACAACAACAAUAACAAUAACAAUCCACCAAGCAGCACCAGCAGUGGCAGCCAAGCCAAGCGUCGGCCUUCCCUAGAUGCCAGGAUUGCCUGCCUUAAGGAGGAACGCGGCCUGGCAGCGGAUUUCAUCAAGCACAUAUUCAAUGUGCUGUACGAGGUCUACAGCUCAUCGGCAGGACCGAAUGUGCGCUAUAAAUGCCUGCGUGCCCUCCUCCGGAUGGUCUACUAUGCCACGCCGGAGCUGCUGCGGCAGGUUCUCAAGUAUCAGCUGGUCUCCAGCCACAUUGCCGGCAUGCUGGGCAGCAACGAUCUGCGUAUUGUUGUAGGAGCCUUGCAAAUGGCCGAAAUCCUGAUGCGCCAGCUGCCCGACGUCUUUGGCACUCACUUUAGACGUGAAGGCGUCAUCUACCAGUUCACCCAACUCACGGAUCCGAAUAAUCCCAUUUGCGCUAAUCCAUCGCCAAAGCCACUAAGCACGACGGCCACGCCCACCGCUAACGCGGGCGGAUCUCAGUCGGCACCGGCCUCUGCCAAUAGCCUCCAGGUGAAUCCCUUCUUCAUGGACAGUGCUCCGGGGUCAUCAAGUGCUUCGACAACCCCAAGCAGCAGCAGCAGCAAACAUCAGUCAUAUAGCGUGAAGAGCUUCUCGCAUGCCAUGAACGCUUUGACGGCCAGUGCCAAGGGAGGAGCAACUGCCGGGCCAGUAGACACCCCUGGCACCUCGGCGCCCGCUGCAAGUGGUUACAAUUAUAGCAGCUCGGCGCCAUCCUCAUCAUCAGCUGCGGCUGGAGCGCCUGCCGCUGCCUUUUUUGCGGCUCAGCAGGGGGAUCCCCGGCAGUAUGUGCACUUCCAGCAGCCGGCGGUGCCAGCGCCACCACCCCAGUUGGAGCUCCUGCCACCGACUGGUGUACAACAGGUUGUGCCACAGGUUAUUUACCAGCCGCAACAGCAGCAGGCAGCCCACUUGGUGGUGGCCUCAACCAGCAGUGCUGCUGCCUCUGCAUCCUCGGCAUCCUCCUCAUCGUCGUCCUCGGCCUCGGCACUGCAGCACAAGAUGACGGACAUGCUAAAGCGAAAGGCGCCGCCCAAGCGCAAGUCGCAGAGCAGCGGCAGGGCCAAGUCACGUCAGGAGGAUGCAGCCUCCGUUGCCGCAGGUUCAGGAAUUGGAGCAGGAGGAGCCACGUCAGCGUCAGCCAGUUCCGCCAUGCACGAACUACUCAGCCGAGCUACGAGUCUUGGUAGCGGCACUGGCGGCAGGAGCACGCCUAGCUCUGGCAGCGGGUCCGGUGGCUCAAAGUCUCGCUUCAAUGCUGGCGGCAACUCGACCAGCGCCGGUUCAAGCAAGUCAUCCUUCCUGGCUUCCCUCAAUCCGGCACGCUGGGGUCGCCAAACAACGGCGCACCACCAUCACCACCAGCAGCAGCAACAGCAGUCGCAGCAGCACCAACACCACCAUGGCCUCUCCAAAGAUUCCGGCAAUGCCAAUGCUGGAACUGGUUCUGCAUCCGGCUUGGCCUACACAGUGACCCAGCAUGGAGCUAGCGCUGGCGCCCAGGGAGGACUGAACGCAGCUGCCGUUGCGGCCAGCAUCAGCAAGAGCAUUUCCCAUGCCAAUCUCUUGGCGGCGGCCAAUCGGGAGAGAGCCCGCCAAUGGGUGCGGGAACAGGCCAUAGACUUUGUCAAGCGCUACACGGAGCAGGAGGCCAGGAGGAGCAAAAGUGUUUCGGAAAGUGGAACAUCUCAAAGUGGAAACAAUGGAGCCUCUGGAUCCUCUUCAGCGGCGGGCAACAAUGCCCCGCUGUCGACCGCGGGCAGCACCAAUGUCCUGGAGCGUCUGUCCAGCAUCUUGUUCAAGCUCAAUGGCAGCUACCACGACUGUCUGGAUGCCCUUCUGGAGCUUAAGACAAUCCUCCUGGAGAGCGACAUCUCGCCGUUCGAGGUGAACCAUUCGGGCCUGAUCAAGGCCAUGCUCAACUACAUGACCAGCGAGUCGGGCCUGGUGGAGCGUGAUGCGCGUCUGCGUAGCUUUAUGCACGUCUUUGCCGGCCUGCCACUGGAGCCUCUGCUGCAAAAUGUUGGCCAGCUGCCCACCAUUGAGCCCGUGGCAUUCAGUGCCUUUGUGGCUAAGCUGAACGGCUGCGUUACGCAGCUGGAGCAGUUCCCCGUGAAGGUGCAUGACUUCCCGGCCGGUCCAGGCGGGCGCUCCAACCAGAGUGCGUUGCGGUUCUUCAACACUCAUCAGUUGAAGUGCAACCUGCAGCGCCAUCCGCAGUGCAGUAACCUGCGUCAGUGGAAGGGUGGCACCGUCAAGAUCGAUCCCUUGGCCAUGGUCCAGGCCAUCGAGCGGUAUCUGGUGGUGCGCGGGUAUGGUGGCAUCCGUGCCGACUCGGACGACGACAGCGAGGAGGAUAUGGAUGACAAUGUGGCCGCUGUGGUAAUGACUCAGGCGGGCUUCAAGCACAAGCUGCAGUUCACCAUUGGGGAGCAUGUGCUGCCCUACAACAUGACCGUGUAUCAGGCGGUCAAGCAGUUUUCUCCGCUGGUCAGUGAGCAGCCGGAAACGGACAAUGAGUCAGAGACUCUGUUGGGCAACGCCAGCAUAUGGGUGCAGCAGCACACGAUCUAUUAUCGUCCGGUCGAGGAGGAGGCUACUCCAGGGGCUGCGGCCUCCAGCAGCAGUUCGUGCAGCAGCAGUGGUGUCCAGAAACAGCAGCAGAGCACCACCUCUAGUUCAGCUUCCAGCUACGCGAAUGCCUCCACCUCGUGCUCCUCGUCGUCGGGAGUGGCCAGCGGAGGAGGAUCCUCCUCAAAGAAGGCUCACAAAUCCAGCAGCAAAUUUAUGCGCAAAAAGACGGAACUGUGGCACGAGGGGAUCGCCCCGGGUGUGAUCUCUGCCCUGAAGCCAUUCCUUAGCAGCUCGCUGCCUGGCGAUGUGGUGACAGUGCAGGACGCUUCGCUGGAUGCCCUGUGUAUGCUGCGCGUGAUCCACGCUCUUAAUCGCCACUGGGAGCAUUUGUAUGGCUGUGUGGUGCGGCAGAACAUCGUUCCGCAGGCCGAGUUUGUGCACCCGAAGAUCACGGCAAAGGCUAACCGCCAGCUGCAGGAUCCGCUGGUCAUUAUGACGGGCAACUUGCCACAGUGGCUGCCCCAGAUCGGCAUGGCCUGUCCGUUCCUCUUCCCCUUUGAGACGCGACACCUGCUCUUCUAUGCCACCAGCUUUGAUCGCGAUCGCGCCCUGCAGCGACUGUUGGACACCACGCCGGAUCUGAAUGCUGCCGAGUCCUCCGAGAGGGUUGCUCCGCGUCUGGAUCGUCGCAAGCGGGCCAUUUCCCGGGCGGAGAUCCUCAAGCAGGCGGAGCACAUCCUGCAGGACUUUGGCCAUUCGAAGGCGCUUCUGGAGAUCCAGUAUGAGAACGAGGUGGGAACGGGUCUGGGACCAACGCUGGAGUUCUAUGCCCUCGUCUCAGCCGAGCUGCAGCGCACCGAUUUGGGUCUGUGGAAUGGCAGCGAUAGCUACAAACAGAACUCGGUGACCAUUGUGGAUGUGGUGAAGGCCAGCAGUGCUGUGCUGCACAUUGAAGAUGCUCUCGAGGCAACCACAAUGGAACAGAGUCCCCCGGCAGCACUUGUAAGCAGCACCACCACCACCGCCAACACAACGACAGCUGCGCCACCACCCACCCGCUCCAGCAGUCGCUCCCAUGUCCUUAGGGGUGCUUCAGCUGGGCAGCAGCCACAGCCUGUGGUGGAGCACAGCUCCUCUAGCGGCGGUGAGAAUGCGUUAAAUAUGAUCAUCGCACAGCAGCAAUUUAGUGAUAUAAACUCGGCGGCGGAGACAGACAAUCCCAGCAGCACCACCACCACCACCACUACCACCAGCAUAGUGGUGGAGCAAAGCACCACAACCACGAAUCACUCUAGCACAACCCUAAACACGACCAUGACGAGCUAUGUACAUGCAGUGCAUGGCCUAUUCCCUCUGCCCCUGGGCAAAUCCUCGAAGCUACCGCAGAUGACCAAGGCCAAGGCCAAGUUCAAGUUCUUGGGCAAGUUCAUGGCCAAGGCGGUGAUGGACAGUCGAAUGCUGGACUUGCCCUUCUCAUUGCCAUUCUACCGUUGGCUAGUCAGCGAGGAGCAUUCCAUUGGCCUGGCCGAUCUGAUGCGCGUGGCACCGGAGGUGCAAAACACUUUGGUUCGCCUGCAGGAUGUGGUGCGCCAGCGAGAGUAUAUACUAUCCGAUCCCAACAUUGAUGCCAUGGAAAAGACUGAAAAGAUUGAGCAACUUGAUUUGGACAGCUGCCCCAUUGCCGAUCUGGGACUGGACUUUGUGCUGCCCGGCCAUGCCAAUAUCGAGUUGUGCCGUGGCGGAAGGGACACUCCAGUGACCGUGCACAAUCUGCAUCAGUACAUAUCGCUGGUUACCUACUGGUUCCUCAUCGAGGGCGUUCAGAAGCAGUUUGAGGCACUGCGCGAGGGCUUCGAUUCCGUGUUUCCCAUUCAGCGACUGCGCAUGUUCUAUCCGGAGGAGUUGGAGUGCGUAUUCUGCGGCUCGGCCAGCGAGCAGCAGCACCAGCGGUGGGAUGCCAAGAUGCUGCAGGACAGCUGCCGCACAGAUCACGGCUUCCAUCAGGAGUCGCAAGCGAUUCAGUAUCUGUACGAGAUCCUUGCCUCCUAUAAUCGGGACGAGCAACGCGCCUUCCUGCAGUUUGUGACGGGAUCGCCACGCCUGCCAACCGGCGGCUUUAAGGCUCUAACGCCGCCUCUGACCAUUGUGCGAAAGACUCUGGACGGCAACCAGAAUCCCAAUGAUUACCUACCAUCUGUGAUGACCUGUGUCAACUAUCUCAAGUUGCCCGACUACUCCAGUCGCGAGGUGAUGCGGCAGAAACUGAAAGUGGCCGCAAACGAGGGCAGCAUGUCCUUCCACCUGUCCUAAGUCCGAGAUGCAGCCACAAACAAAAAUCAAGGGAAAUACUAUAUGAAAGAAUAUAGAAGGCCCUAUAUAUAUAUAUAUAUUCCAAGCGCUACAAACCACAGAAGCAGCAGCCACAUUUUCGUUUAACUGGAAGAAGGAUAUUAUUUGUUUUUGUUAGUUUCGCCGCGCGCGCUUUUUACCCUUAACACAACCCCCUUCCCCCAACCCUACCUCAGCCCCACCAUUCAAAUUUUCGCUCUUGGCCAGCGUCGUGCGCAAAGCUAAAUUUCAAUAUAUAAUUAUAUAAUUAUAAUAUAUUUUGUAUUACCGAGUUUUGCAAAAAAAGAAAAGAAGAAACGAGAACUACAAGAGAAUAAAAUCACCAUUAUAGGGGAUAAAGUCAAGAUGGAAACGAUCGCCGAACCUGAACCCGAAUCCCCUAAAAUGUAAUCUUAAAUAAAUUGAAUAGUAGAAUAUCGAUUAUGAGGGACCGAGUCGAUUAUUUGUCCAGAGUUGGUUCGUCCUAGUUAAAUUUUUCUAUUCUCAUAUCGGACUUCGAAGGAAUUAUUUUAUUAAGUUGUUUUUUGUUAUGUUGAACAUUAUUUGCUCCGGCUUUUAAAUAUGAGUUUAAUUAAUUUGUAAGCAUCCGUUGUGCAUAAACGCUUAUUAGAAACACAAAGGAAGAGGAGGUGUAGAAGAAGCGGGAGCAGGAUGAAUUCAUCUUUGUUUACAUGUAGCAACCCUAAAAAUGAUCUAAAUUGAAAACGCAACGCCCACCCUUUAAAGUAACACUUUAAAAAUUAAAAUAAUACAUUUAAUCUAUUUAUCAUGCCUACAAGCAAAUUGAAUGCGAAAUUCUACAAGCUGUGUUAAAACAAAAACAAAAAGAAACGAUUUAAGAACUAAGAGGAAACAAAGGCCAUCAUCGAAAUGCGAUGAAACUGCAAUUUGAAAAACAAAGAAAUGGAGGGAAAGAGCAGGCGCAUUAACUGAAGUCUAGGGUUUAGCAAAGUGUCCUCUUACAUCAACUACGCAUUCAUAACAUACAUAUAUAAAUAUACUAUAUUAAAUCUGUAAGCAUUACAUAACUUGUAUUGUACUUGAAGCAUAUACAUACAUACAUUUUUGUGUUUGUCUAACGGAAGCGGAACAUAAAGCUAAUUAAUAAAGAAAAGAAAAAAAAAACAAACUACCAUUAAAGCCGGAAAGCGAAAACCCGAUCUUACAUACUACAACUAGAUACAGAUUGCAGUACUGAAUACUGAUUACUGAUUCAUGUGGUAUAUAUAUAUGAAUAUAAUAACUAUUAAAUGAUAUAUAUAAAUAAUAUAAUUAUACUUUACAGAAAACAAUGGCAUCUCUCAAGAUGCUGAUCAAGUUAUAUAACAUAAAAGUGCUAGCAUUAAAUUAAUUAAAUAACAUUAAUAUUACAUAAUACCAAUGUAUGUAGUUACAUCAAAAAACCCAAUUGCUCUAUGAUAACGAAAAAGAAGUAAGCAAACCAACCAAGAAGCAAGCAAAUAAAACAAAAUGAUUAUACUGA